CGUUAUUGUGGAUUACAUCUCAGACCUAGGCGUAUAUAGACUGGGGGGACUUGAAAGCCUCAAUUCAUUUCCAUCCGGAGAGGGAGGCCGUGUGGAGGAAUUCUUCAGCCAGUGCUUGUUCUGCGUUCGAUAGUCACACACACACACAAACCAGCAUCAUGGAUGAUGAACAAAUUGCCACCAUGAGGAAAGUAUUCCAGAUGUUCGACCAGGGAAAGACUGGAUUCGUGGAAUGCGCGAAAUUCGUCAAUAUCCUCAACACUCUCGGUCAGACCUUUGACGAGGACGAGCUCAAGGCCAGGAUCGCCGAGAACGACCCUGACAAGGAAGGCAAAGUGGACUUCGACAGGUUCUGCUCCAUCGUCAUGCCCUUCCUGGAGGAGGACGAUGACGAAGCCAUGCACGAGGAACUGAAGGAGGCGUUCAGACUGUACGACAAGGGCGGCGACGGUUUCAUCACCACCAGCGUCCUGCGCGAGAUCCUCAAGGAACUGGACAACAAACUCACCGAGGAUGAUUUGGACGGAAUCAUCGAUGAGAUUGAUGAGGAUGGCUCAGGGACCGUCGACUUCGAUGAGUUCAUGGAGAUGAUGACCGGGGAAUAAAACCUGACCUCAUCUGACCUGACCACAUCCUUUCUCGUCUAAUCUUACAUGACCUCAGCGCCUCUGAUGCCAACAAUCAGCACCAAAUGUCAUAUCUUCUAGUUGAUUUUCAAAGCAAUAAUUUUAUAACGAAAACAAAAUCUGUGUUUAUUCUCCUUUUUAUAAUAUUAAUGUGUUGUCGUGUAUCCACGCCACACUAUUGGGAAAUUCCUAUCCCUCAUUAGCCUUAAAAAUAGCAAUCUACACACCACUUUACAUGUUGCAUAUGAUCAAAAUAUAUUACACUAUAAAUCUUCAAAUAUCCUAUUAAUGCUGAUUUUCCUGCGACAUUUGAUGACAUGUCCAUAUUCUAUUAAAGAUUAACAAGUUUCAGUUCAUGCCAGUUAUAAUUAGAAUACAUGAAAUGAAUCCCAAAAGUUUAGAUACAAAUUGGGGUACUUUGCAAUAUGCUUUAGUUAAUCACACAUUGAUAAUUUGACAUUAAUCUCUAGAUAAAAAAAAGUUCAGUAACAAAGUAAAAAAGUUUAAUGAAAUAUCAAAAAAUGUCUUAGGCGGUGCAGCAAGGUCUGAAACCUCAGUCAUCGCACAUGACAUUAUUUUUUAUUACCAAGUAAUUAGUGAUCUUUCUGGAUCAUAAUUGCAUAUUCUGGUUGAAACAGAUCAGAAAGAAUAUUUGCUUUCCAACUUUAACUUUCUCUAUUCUACAUAUUCACAAGUACAAGCAUGCCAAGACAUGCAUUAAACCACCAUAUCUGAACUUAAGAGCUCGCACUGUCAACUGCAACUUUUAUCAUUUGACUGAAGCCCUAUUGCUCGGCUUGGCUGUGGACUUGAGAAAAAAUGGAGAGAUUUCUUUUCAGUUUAUGCAAAAGAGGUAGUCCUGAAUCAGAGAAUAAGCCAAAUAUUAUAAAAGUAUAUCGCACAAAUGGCAGAUAACUUUUUCCUUUACUGAUCACAAACAAGUGUUGACAUGCAAAGAAUGGCUAGUCUUGCAUCGAAUGUCUGAAAUUAGAGUAGUGUGCACAUAUGCUUGUGUGUGUAUGUAGGUACUAUCAUAUUCAAAGGGUUAUUAUAAUGGAAUCUGACAGGAGACUAAUCUUAAUUUGGUUUAAAAAAGCAAACCGAGUCCACUUCCUGUUCCUUUUUUAUUGCAAAAAAAAAAAGGACUAAACACCUGAGAUGCUACAUCCAAUUGAAACUUGAAAUGCUUCAGUUACGGCCAGAUUGUAUUUUGUUGCGUAAAUUCUAAAUCCUUCACUUGUAAAAAAGUCCACACAAGUUAUCAAAAGGAAACCUUCUUGGUCCUGGAAUGUGUAAUUCUACUCUGAAUCACCAUAGAUAUAUCAUAUCACUAUUACCAGGUCACAAAUUAAUACACCAACUCCAGUGUUUAACUCUCAUCUACAAGAGGGUAUUAAUAAAGGUCAAUUUAUGUU